CCAAUGGGUGAAGGUGGCGUGAACCAUAAGGUGCCAUGUUAGGGGACGACUGCUCCGACAGUCUGGCCGCUGACUUUUACCUGACACCGCCGUCAGAAAUCAGGUGGGUCAGCACCUCCGGUAGCAACAGUGGACUACAGUUAGAGCAUUCCUCAGACAGGAUGUUUCUGUGGGCAGGAAGUAAAGCAACAAAUGGAAGAACUGACCGCAGAUCCAUCUACCAGAAGAUUCGUGAGUAUGAGGUCCUGGACAGGAGGAAGACAGUGACGGCUCUAAGGGCCGGAGAGGACAGAGCCAUCCUGCUGGGUCUCAGCAUGGUCUUAUUCUCCAUCAUGAUGUACUUUGUUGUGGGAAUCACCAUCCUGCGCUCUUAUUCUGACAGCGUGUGGACUGAUGAGACGAGCUGCACCGUUGUGAACUCCACUGUAGUGUGGGAUGUGAACUGCUCAUACAGCUGUGGGACAGAGUGCUGGAAGAGUUCUCGCUACCCCUGCCUGCAGGUGUAUGUCAGCCUUAACUCCUCAGGGAGGGUGGUGCGACUGUUCCACAACGAGGAGACGCAGGACAACAAUCCUGAGUGCUUCUACAUCCCAAACUGCCGUAAGGACCAUGCAGCCAUGCACGCCUUGGUUCAGAACAUCUCUGAGCGUCUUAGGUCUCAGCGCGUACUUCAGUGUUUCGUGGACCCCACAGACAGAACAGACAGCGCCAUCCUGACGCAGAUCUACAGCCAGGUCGCCGUCUUCCACUCCCUCUUCUGGCCCACCUGCACUUUGAUUGGAGGAAGCAUCAUCAUUGCCAUGGUGAAGCUGACACAGUACCUGUCCAUCAUGUGCGACAGACUGAGCCGCAUCCAGAGGUGAAGGGUCGCAAGGCCACAUGGACACGGGGCAGCGAGCAGAGUCGUGGUGCCAAA